AUGAGACAUGUCUGUACACAUACUGUCUGCUGGAAUGACUCCACAAGUGAUUCCAUGGUGGCUGCACUGCUACCUGAUUGCAAAAUGUGGAAUGGAUUUCCUGCACAGAGGCGAAUCUCAAUGAGACACACAGUAAUGAGGAGACACGCUUCCGUUCAGGAAAUCCAUCCCACAGUUUGUAGCGAGCUAGCAGGUGAGCGUGGAUGGAGCAGCAAGCUAACCAAUUUUUCACCACAACAUGUCAGCUGUGUGGAAAUACUUUUUACUUGAAACACCGCAAAGCAAGACAGCAACGUGCAAUGUUUGCAAAGCCGUUGUACCGAGAGGCGGAAGCUCCGUUGCGACAUACAAUACCACAAACUUAAUAAAGCAUCUGAAAAAGCACCACCCUAAAGAGCACGAUGACUUCGUAGCCAUGGGGCCGAAACACCAAAGUAGCCGGCAGCAAUCACUUGAGCAGUCAUUUCAAACAGGUAAACUUUCACCAGACAAUGCUAAAGCUAAAGGGAUCACUGAGAAGUUGCUUAACUUCAUCGUACUCGAUGACCAACCAUUGUCAGUUGUCGAAAACGAAGGAUUUCGCAGCCUGAUCGAGCACUUACAGCCGAGAUACAGUUUACCAUCCAGGAGAUAUUUAUCAGAGACGGCGCUACCUGAACUAUACAACCGAGUGUCAACCAAGUUAGCUGAGAAGUUAAAAAGAGUUCCAGCUCUGAGCUUUACUACAGAUAUUUGGACUUCAGAUGUCUGCCCAAUGUCACUGAUAAGCCUUACUGUGCACUGGAUUGACCACGAUACACACGAGCUCUGUUGUGCGGUGCUCCAGGUAAAAAAGUGCAGAGGCUCACACAACCGAGCUACAAUCGCAGCAUCCAUUACAGAGAUGUUAAAUCACUGGGAGAUCCCGCUAGAAAAAGUGCAUGUAAUUCUACGGGACAAUGCAAGCAACAUGAAGGCUGCGAUGGAAGACAUGGCAGUUUCUAGUCUGGGCUGUUUUGCUCACACGCUGCAGCUCAUUGUGCACGAGGGGCUACUAUCACAACGCAGCGUUAGUGAUGCUUUAGCAAACAGCAGGAAGAUCGUCGCACACUUCAAGCACUCACAACUCGCACAGUCUCGCUUGGAAGACCUGCAACGUGAGAUGCAAGGUGGGGGAACUACAAUUACACCAACUCGACUUGUUCAGGAUGUUCAAACAAGAUGGAACAGUUCCUUUUAUAUGAUCAAGAGCCUUCUGAAAGAGAAGCGACCCCUCUGUGCAUAUGCUGCCGACCACAAUUUACCUGCAACAUUGUCAGCCAACGAGUGGGGUUUGCUGGAGAAAACAGUGACUGUGUUGGAACCCUUUGAGGAGUUAACCAGGAAAAUCAGCUCAGCGACCUCUACUGCUGCCGACGUAAUUCCAGCUGUGACCAUUUUACAACGCCUGCUUGCCAUGGAGAACAGUGCCGACAGCGGCAUCAAAACAAUGAAAAGCACACUCCUCCAAGCUGUCAACAGGCGUUUCAGAGAAGUCGAAAGUGAACCACUCUACGCUGUUGCCACUUUAGUGGACGCUCGAUACAAGGACAGAUUCUUUACUAGUGGAGAAACUGCCAGGAGGGGGAAGGCCCUCUUGACACAAGAGCUUGAGAAGAUGGAGCAAGCACUGCUCAGGGCCUCAGCUGAUGAAGCAGGGACAACAGAGGCUGAGCCAGCAGAAAAGGUUGCUUGCAUGGAAGCUGGGCCAAGUACUGGUGGUGGUACUCCAAGCACAAUGAAAACCAGCUUCAGCAGUCUGUACAACAGAAUUCUGGAGGAGCAUGAUGAACCUGCAGGAGGUACCCAGGCAGUGGUUAUCCAGAUGCAGAUGUACUUGAAAGAACCAACAAUAAGUGAGAAAGACAGCCCUUUCCAGUACUGGGCAAACAACCAUGCUCGCUUUCCUCUUCUUGGUGCUGUUGCGGCAAAGUUCCUGAGUGCCCCUUCAACCAGUGUUGAAAGCGAAAGACUGUUCAGCACAGCAUCCAAUAUUGUGGAUGAAAAGAGGAAUCGCCUGACAGCAGAGAGAGCAGAAAUGCUCAUAUUCCUUAAAAAGAACCUGCCAAUGUUUAAGUGAGAUUUUUUGAAUGCUCUAGAUCAAUCCCUGCCUCAGUGUUAACUUUUUGAGGAGUCAUUUACUGUUUAUUUUCUUUUGAAGAAUAGUUAGACUCUGGUGCAAGUUUAAUCCAGGUCACAUUCUAAGUCAAACCUCCAUUUGUGCUGUUCAGAUGUACACUGUUUUAUUGAUGGUGGGUGUGAAACUUACAUUGCACUUUAUAUUGCACUUUGAUUUCAAGUAUUUGACAACCUUGAAUUGUGGCUGCUGCUUGAGCAUGAAUGUUUUAUUGCUGCUGUGAAUGAUCACAUUUAAGGCCAUUUUAUAUGUGAAAACUUUUUUUGCUUUAUUGUGGCUACACUUGUUGUGGCCUAUACUUAAUUUGUGAAGAAGUGAAAGCAGCCCUUCUGUCUUGAGUUUAAUAAAUGACAGUCAGUUUAAAAUCCUUACAGUUGCAUAUUUGUUUUCAGGAUGGGAUUGUUACUGUUAGUAGGAUUUCCUGUUUUCUGACCUUAUACUUACCUCAAGUUGCCUUUUGGUACACACAUGCAUCCAUUUGUUCAUAUCAUAGUUGCCUGUAGAGAUGAGUUUUUACCAAUAAUGAUGAUAAUAUUGAAAUAUUUUUGGUAUCGGAAUAGUAUCGGUAUCGGCAGAUAUUCAAAUUCAGGUAUCGGG